AUGGCUUUCUUCCGAGCGCCGCUGACUUCAUGCAGUCCCAGGGCAUCCAAGUAUGUCUGGAACGAUUCCAGCCAGCGAGUCCAAGGGACAGGAGGUUCUCCGGGAAGUGCAAGAGAAGUGUUCCUGAAGUUGCCCAUUGGACAGUGUUGGCGAGUCGUGAAUGGUGCUGUUGGGGAAUCAGCUGUUCUGUCAGGGACAAAUGACUCCACCCGGGUAACAAAUCUGCAGUGGAGGAAGGAUGAAACUAUUAUCAGACAAAGGUAUAAUGGACAAAUACUUAUUCAUGAAAAAGCAUUUGAAGAAAGAUUCUCUCUGAGUGAGGGAAAGGGGUCUCUAACCAUCAACCCUCUGAUGAAAAAUGACACCGGAGAAUAUACCUUUGAAUCCAUCCCACCACCAUGGCCAUGGGAGACUCAUGUGAUAAAAGUUAAUGUUUAUGACAGAAUCGUGUCUGUGGAGAUGGACUCGCAGGUGAGCUACAGCCCAGACAACAGCACCUGUACCGUGACUCUGAGCUGCACGGUGAAUGGCAGCGUGGUGAAGCUCUCCUGGUCUAAAGACCAUGAGAAGAUCCCUGAUACGGAGGGGAAUGAGACCCUGGUGGUGACUCCCACGGCUGGAGAGGAGCUCUAUUCCUGCACGGCCUCUAACCCUGUCAGCUCACAGACCGCGAGCCUGGGGGUCUCCUCCUGUCAGACACAAGUUCCCCUGGAUAUCAGCAUAUAUGCGCUUGCUGGCAUUGGAGCUCUGUUUGUGCUGAUACUGGCGAUCAUAGGAUGCAUCUUCCAAGUCAGAGCCAAGAGGGAAGUGACCAAAGAAAACACAGUGUAUGCUGAAGCCAACAAGCCGCACGUCAGAGAGAGGAGGACACAGGACAUGCGCUCUAGACAGGCUUCACCAUCUGAAGAUGUUUCCACCUGUUAUGAAGGUGUGAGAAGCACAUCGGACAUUUGCUCUAGACAGGAUUCAGCACCUGGAGAUGUAUCCACCUGUUAUGAAGCUUUGAGAGGCACAUCGGACAUGCGCUCUAGACAGGAUUCACCACCUGGAGAUGUAUCCACCUGUUAUGAAGCUUUGAGAGGCACAUCGGUCGUCCCUUCUGGAAAUUCAACGAUAUAUGAAACUGUGAAAUUUGUCCACGGCGCCCCACCGGCUGCAGUAACCCAACGUCUUUAGAAAAGAUCUUCCCACGACAGUCAGCGCUGUAUUUACAUUCACUUCCUUUGCCGACCCUUUUGCCAACAAGAAUUUUAUAUUCACUCAUGGAAAAUUUACAGGAUUUGAACCAACAACCUCUAAGGGCUCUCGCUGCCUGCUUUCAGCUGGUUUGUGCUG